AUGCUUCCAAGAGACCUGAUUUCUGGAUUUUUCCUCAUAUUAGAAAUUGUCAUUGGGUUUGUGGGUAACUCCUUGAUCUUCGUGAUAUACAUGUACACGUUUUUAGUCCAGCCUCAUCUGAAGAAGCCCAUAGAUGUGAUCUUUACACAUCUGACACUUGCCAAUGUUCUGAGCAUCGUGUUCAGGCUGACACCAGAUGUCAUGUCAUCUUUUUCAGUACGGCUUUUUCUGCAUGAUGUUGGCUGUAAGGCGGUUUUGUAUGCGUACAGUGUCACCCGGGGCCUCUCCAUCUGCACUACCUCUCUGCUGAGUGUGUUUCAAGCCAUCACUCUCAUGUCCAGCAGUUCCAGUUGGGCGUGGCUUAAAUCUAAAGUUUCUUCGUGCAUUUUCCCAUCUUUCCUUUUCUUCUGGAUAAUCAACAUGUCUCUGUUUGUUCCCAUUAUUGAAACUGUAAAGGCCCAAAGCAACUUCACUGUUGGUUCUAGGUACUUGCAAACACACUGUCAGAGCAACCAAAUUCGUUAUCACACCACAGUGUCUUUUUUAAGUGCGAUAAUGAUCAGAGACUUCCUGUCUGUGGCCAUCAUGAUGUGGGCCAGUCUCUACAUGGCGAUUCUCCUAUUUGGACACAACAGCAGAACGCGGCAUGUCCACAGCUCCAGCAGCUCUUCCUACUCAUCUUCUGAACAUAAAGCCACCCUCAGCAUACUUCUGCUGGUAGCUUCCUUCAUUUUCUUUUAUUGCUGUAACAACUUUAUUACCUUUUAUUUGUUUUAUAGGCCCAAGAGAAGUCCACUCUUGGAUAGGAUUAGUGGAAUUUUAUCAUCAUGCUACUCAAUCAUCUGUCCGUAUGUCCUGGUUAACAAUAGGAAAAUCAUUUCCAAAUUGAUUUCUUCCUGUUCAGGCUUGAAAAAAUUCUUUUCUGCAAGAAGAUUCAAUGCCUAA